UUUGCGCAGACUCCAUUGAGCUCCCGAGGAGAGCAUGCUCACACCGACAGUUUCCAACUUAGCCAAGUUAGCUGAACAGGCAGCCGUGGUGCUUCGGAAAACGAAACUUUAGACUACGUUAGAUAGCCAACUAACGUAAACGCACAACCAUGGCACAUUACAGAGCUUCUGAAUCGAAACGUGAGCAGUUUCGGCGGUACUUGGAGAAGGCUGGUGUGCUGGACAGUCUCACUAGUGUACUGAUAGCUUUGUAUGAAGAGAAUGAAAAACCGAACAACGCUCUGGAUUUCCUGAAGCAGCACCUGGGCGUGGUGAGCCCCGAGCCGGCCGACGUGGAGACCCUGCGCCUGGAGCUGGCUGAGCUGCGGCAGAAAUGCGACCUCCUGGCGGAGGAGAACAAGGAGCUGAAGAACCGGCUUUUGCAACUUGAACCAGCGCAGGAAGACGGACCGACUGAAUGAAAGUACCUCACGGGGACGCGGCAAUAGUUCACUUUCUCUGUCUCUUUCUCUCACUGAUCACUUGAAAGUAAGACAACACUGGACUUGUUAGGGAUUUUCUGUUUCUGUAAAUAUCUUCUUUCUUUUUUUUUCUAAGUUUUAGUUUGAUAGAAAUUUUUUUAUG